UUCCAAUAAAAAUUCAUUAAUGGAGUUUUGACGUCACGUGAUGGUGGCGCACCCUCAACCCUUUCUUCUUGUAAAGGCAUUUUCCCAUUGAAGCCAUCAAUAUAUAAAUCCUCCAUUCAUCCUCAGUCUCCUCAUUCAAGAAUAAGCUCGCAAUAUCCUUCACGCACUGCAAUAGGCGAGUGAUGAGAAAGGUCUAUCCCAACGGCACCGUCGCCGCACCAACCACCACUAAGUCCCCGCCGUCUGACGAAAACAAGGCCUUCGUCCUCACUGUGUGGAAGAAAUCUCUGCUUUUUAACUGUAAUGGAUUCACCGUCUAUGACGACAAGGGCGACCUCGUUUUUAGAGUCGAUAACUACAUGCAAGGCCAUAAGGGCCAGAUCCUCCUCAUGGACGCCGCCGGCAAGCCUCUCCUCACCUUCCGCCGUAAGAAGUUGAGCUUUGGAGAAAACUGGCUAGUGUACGACGGAGAAACGGACAUUAAUCCGGCGUUUUCCGUGAGGAAGAAAGUGAAUAUCCUCAACAAGUGUUUGGCUCAUGUGAGUCGUAUAAGUUGUGAGCAUAACGGAACGGGAUCAUCUCCGUCAUCCAACAACAAGAAGAAGAAUUUGAUGUAUGAAAUUCAGGGAUCGUAUGCGCAACGAUCGUGUGCCGUGCACGACGGAAAGAGGAGAAUAGUAGCGGAGAUAAAGAAAAAAGAAGCCGUGGGAGGAGUUGCCUUCGGCGUCGAUGUAUUCCGUCUAAUUGUAUAUCCAGAAAUCGAUACAGCAGUUGCCAUGGCCCUCGUUAUUCUCCUGGACCAGAUGUUUGGAUCUUCCCGACGCUUUUCCUCAUAAUUUUUCUUGUUUGGCACGGCAGAACCGCCACCACGACCACCACCGUCACUUUUUUUUUUUAAAUUUCUAUUAUCCAGAAAAGUUUGAUUUUUUUCCUUUCAUAUAAAAAAAACAAACUGAAAGUGGGCGUGUGUGUAUAUAUUCCAGAAGAAAAAUAAUGGUUUUUUGUUUUUGUUUUUCUCUGGGUUGGUGUUUAAUUAGCUGUUGUAUCAAUAAUUAGAGUCCAAACGAAUUUAUUCGAGUUCAAAAUAAGUUUAGCUCGAAUGAGUUUGA